AACCCAACCAACGACCAGAUACGCCUCCACGGCCUUUAUAUCCGCUUCCAGAUGCAACUAGAAGAAGUAUCCAGUAUCCAAAACAAAUCUGCCGUGCUCCUCCUUCUGCUUCCCCUCCGGCUACGGCGGCGCUGAUCUCCGGUCGGGAGAUAGGUUCUUCCCCCCCUCGCGAAUCGAAGAGAUAAAUGAAGUUAUGGAUUAGUCUUACUCUCGUUUAGUUCCGUUUUCUUUCGAUUUGGUCCGGAAUUUAAGUGCCUGCUAAUUUUGAAGGUUUCCACAGUUCCACCGGAAUUGGGAUGAAUUGCAGUAUCAAGUUCUUGUUCCCCCUCCUUCGAAUUAUCUGGAAUGUUAUCCGUUGAUCUUGGCUGCAGCUUCGUGUGUAUGAUUUGUGUUUCGUGUGGUGGAACUGCAGAGAUCUAUCUAGCUUUUCUGCGAGGGAACUAAUCCAGGGGGCGCCGCCAUGGCCGAGCACCUCGCGUCGAUCUUCGGCACCGAGAAGGACCGCGUGAACUGCCCGUUCUACUUCAAGAUCGGCGCGUGCCGGCACGGCGACCGCUGCUCCCGCCUGCACAACAAGCCGUCCGUCUCGCCGACGCUGCUGCUCUGCAACAUGUACCAGCGCCCCGACAUGAUCACCCCGGGGGUGGACGCGCAGGGCAACCCCAUCAACCCCGUCAAGAUCCAGGGCGACUUCGAGGACUUCUACGAGGACAUCUUCGACGAGCUCAGCAAGCACGGCGAGGUCGAGAACCUGCACGUCUGCGACAACCUCGCCGACCACCUGAUUGGCAACGUCUACGUGCAGUUCAGGGAGGAGGACCAGGCUGCCAAGGCCCUCCAGGCGCUGCAGGGGAGGUUCUACUCGGGCCGCCCCAUCAUUGCCGAGUUCUCGCCGGUCACCGACUUCCGGGAGGCCACCUGCCGGCAGUUCGAGGAGCACAACUGCAACCGUGGAGGAUACUGCAACUUCAUGCAUGUCAAACAGAUUGGCAGGGACCUGAGGAAGAGGCUGUAUGGGCACCUGCAUAGCUCCAGGAGGAGCCACAGCAGGAGCAGCCGGAGCCCAAGCCCCUACCGUCACCACGCCAGGGACCGUGAUCGCUCCUCACGGUCUAAGGACCGUGGCGAUUACUAUGGAGGCAGCCUGGACCGUGGUGACUAUGGCGACUACUACCACCAUAGCCGGAGGAGCAGCGAGAGGAAUCGCAACUAUGACAGCGAUGGGAGCAGGCGCCGGCGACACAGGUCUAGAACUAGGAGCCCGGUCAGGGAGGGCAGCGAGGAGAGGAGGGCGAAGAUUGAGCAGUGGAACCGUGAAAGGGAUGCGCCUGCCAGGCAGGGCAGCGAGGAGAGGAGGGCGAAGAUCGAGCAGUGGAACCGUGAAAGGGAGACGGCUCAGGCCUGAGAUCUCCGGUCUGACUGCAGGUUACAGUGUUGCCUUGUUCACAGGAUGUUCUGCUUGCUUAUCUGAUCUUGUAAUGUUAGAUGGAGUUAGAUUGUUGCCCUAGUGAACUUACUCAGAUGCCUCAUGUAGAACCUCUUCAGUGUGGUUCUUGUUGAACUUCUUUUUGGAUGUGUUGAUGGAACAUAUUUGGUGUUGAAUUUGUUAUUGUUA